AUGUUCGAAAUGGAACAACCAUUGGACCUCGAAUCACGGUCGCCUUCGGAGGCACGACCCAAAGUCGGAUUUUCCAAGAAAUGGACCGAGGGAAUCAAUACGGCCUUUGCGGAUCGCGUGUGUCUACUUUUAUGUUUGAAUACCGGACUGUGUGAUAGCUGCGCCUUUAAUGCGUGGGCGUGUUUCCUUGCCAUGCAAACAGGAAAUACCAUCGUGCUGGGCCUGGGUGCAUCCCAUCAACCCGUCGGAACUACUCCCUGGGGAUGGCUUCGAUCGCUUGUCUCCAUUGCCUCUUUUCUGACGGGUGCCGUGGCCUUCAGCCAGCUGACGCGGAAACUGGGCCCCUGUCGCCGUGGAACUCUGUGCAUCUCGUUCGCCAUCCAGGGCCUUCUCAUCGUGGUUGCCGCGUGUCUGAUCCAGGCCGACUUGAUCCAACGACAGGAACAUGCCACUUACACCUUUGACAGACCGCUACUCAGCCUAAUUCCGAUUACACUCCUGGCUUUCCAGUCGGCGGGGUCGAUUAAUUCGACGAGGAUCCUGGGCUACAAUGAGAUCCCGGGCGUAGUGCUGACCAGCGUCUACUACGAUAUCGCGUCGGAUCCCGGGUUGCUCAGCCAUCCGAGCAAGAAUGCUAAGCGGAACCGCCGCAUUGGAGGCGUGGUCAUGCUGCUGAUCGGGGCCAUCAUUGGGGGCUGGCUGAGUCGUACCAGGGGAGGUAUGGCCGUGGUCCUGUGGGUUGCGGCAGCGUUGAAGCUGGGAAUCAGUGUCGCUUGGUUGUUUUGGGCUCCUGCCCCUGCGCUUCGUGAAGGCUGA